AUGACCAGUGAAGAUAAUAUUCAAAUUGUGGGGCACAGGGCCUUCAGGGCCAAGUACCCUGAAAAUACACUGUUGGCAUUCAAUAAAUCGUAUGAGGCCUCUUCGGACAUGAUUGAGACGGAUUUACAAAUGACUAGUGAUGGUGUUGUUGUGGUGAAUCAUGACUCUGAUACAGGGAGGAUGUGGGAUCGGGAGCUGGUCAUUGCAGACAGUACUUUUGAAGAAAUUUCUUCUUUAAGAUGCAAAGAGGACCCUACUUUGAAGAUGUUGACUUUAAUAGAUAUUCUGGAAUGGUCCUUAGAUCAUCCUAAUAUUAACCUAAUGUUGGAUAUAAAAUUCACUAACAAAAAAAUUAUAUUAAUGAAGACAUUUUCUGCUAUGCUUAGAGUGCGUGACGAUAUUAAAUAUUGGCAAACAAAAAUCAUCUGGGGACUGUGGUUACCUGACUGGUAUGAGUAUGGUAUCGAAACUGGUGUGUUAAAGGAUUUUAGGUUUAUUGUCAUCUCAUUAUCUUUGGAUAUUGCCAAACAAUUUAUAGAUUAUUCAUUAAAAUUGGAUAAUCCUCACUAUAAAUUAUAUGGUAUUAGUGUCCACUAUGUGGCAUCAUGGACACCAUUCUUCAGAGAUGAGUUGUUACCAAUAUUGAGAAAGCAAGAUAUUAAUAUUUUCUUAUGGACAGUGAAUAAUUCGAUCGAUUUCAAGCUUGCCUGUGAAUUACCAAUCAAAGGUGUAAUCACAGAUGAUCCAAUAGAGGCAAGAAAAUUAUGUGAUCAAUACAAAACGACGAAAGAACAGAUGACAUUCACCACUCCACCUUUAAAUACAGUAGAAGGAAUAAGGUUUCAUUCAUACAUUAGGAUUUACAAUUUUGUUUGCUCCAUAUUACUAGCUAAAUGGGUUCAUUUCAAAAUCUUUGGCUGGUCCCUUGCAUACUUACUAUUCCUAUUUUUGAGAACGGUUAAAUUCCUAUAG